ACAAAGAAAAGUGGUGGGAAAAAAAUACAAAGGCAGGAAGUAAAAUAACAGACAGACACAUAAGGUGUUUAAUUUCACAAUAAAUAAGACAGUCUGGGCAGGAAGACAGUCAGAGGGGCAGAGCAUGACAGUGCUAUAGAGCUGAUGAGCAGGAUGAAGCCAAAACAACGUGCUGAGACCCUGUAGGAUAGUCGUGCUUUGCUCUAUACCUACUCAUCUUAAACCUAGUACACAUAACUACACAUGCUCUGGGUCCAUUUCUUAAACUUGUCGGUUAAGACUGCACACUUUAACUUGCAACUUCCUGAUCAAGCUCUGCUUUCCCAGCUGACGCCAUGGAUGAGGCUCUAUGGUGGUUUCCUCACGACUCCCAGGGAGCUUUGCAGUAGGAUGCAUGUCUGUGUCUCCAUCUGGACGCUCCCACAGAUGACUUCCCACCUCUGCUUACUCAUCCUGUCCAGCUUGGCGGUCUCAUCCCAACUGGGUCUGGAGGAUGUUUUCUUCAGUCCCCAGGACCAAACAGUCAGAGAAGGAGAGGGAGUUUUCCUCCAGUGUGUGUCUGGGGAAAGUUCACCCACUGCAAGCAUCACCUGGCUCAAAGAUGGAGAGGCAGUCACAAGAGGUAGACAGAUUCAGGGUGAGUAUGGAGGCGGUCACCAGAAGAAGACCUCAGGCACUCUGCAUCUUUUCAAUGUAACAUCAGAGGAUGAUGGGAUUUACAUUUGUGUCACAUACAAUUCUUUACUGAACAUCAGCAAGAAGAGCAAACCAGCUAAACUAACAGUGCAGGGGGUUCCCAGACGGCUGCAAAUCGUCCAGGGCCCUAACAACAUCACUGUUGCUAUGGGAACAGAGGUCUCCAUGCACUGUACUGUUCGUGGCUUCCCUGUUCCCAUGGUGCACUGGUUCAAAAACGGCUGCCUCCUAACGAACUGCUCAGCCCUGUUCAGCCUGCAGAACAAUGGACAGCUGCUCACAUUCAGGAAUGUGACCAAGGAGGAUGAGGGCUCAUAUCACUGUGAAGCAUCCAACCAGGAAGAGACAAUCAAGUCCCAACAGGCCUUUCUACUUCCAGCUGAGAUGGAUUGGAGUUUUGUGCAGCAGCCCAGAAACCUGACAGUGAGGUCAGGGGAGAACGUCACAGUCACCUGUAGACCUCCAUACAGCAGACCAGCAGCCCAGGUCUCCUGGUUCAAAAACAACCAGCUUCUCACCCCCACAGCUCAUGUCACUGUGCUGCCAAGCGGAGACCUCUUCUUUUACAGCGUCCAGGUUUUUGACAGUGGGAGUUACUUCUGCAGGGCCUCCAACAUUCACCUUCAAAGAUUUCUUACCUCUAGACGAGCAACACUAACUGUGCUGGGUAUGCUGCUACAAUAG